GUCUCGGUGCCUCAGGCUUGAAACAUAUCACGUGACCAAUGAUAUGCAUAUCACGUGAUAUGCCCAUCUAUCCCCUUCCGUCAUAGUCCUCGUUCUGCCCGCUGCCACCGCCUCGACACGCGGCUGUGAGCGACCAGCAUGGCGACCUCAAUGCACUUCGCUCGCGGAUACUGCUUGUAUCUGACUGAAUUAUAUAUAAGAAAUUGCUCUUGACUCUGAACCUCAAUUCUCUACCUUAACCCCAACGUCCAAUUCGCAACCACCCCCACCAGGAGUGCGUGCGAGCGAGUGCAAAUGGCUCCCCCGCGACAGCGCUUGGUUGCUGGAACCACCACAGCAGGCUCAAUCGACGAUUCGCGCUCCGAAGCCUCAAGCGGCACUGCAGCCGGCAAUAAUCCCUCCAGAGGCCCCGGUUCCAAGCCCCGAAAAUCCGGCGUCGCGCUCGCUUCUGGUGCUGGUGCGAGCGCAAAAGACCUCAAAGUUGCAGCGGCAUCAGGUGCCAUGGCUGCAGCGGCGGCGGCAGCGGCGGCGAAUGCAGCGCUGCAGGAUGAGGAUAAUGGGCCUAGUAUCCCCUGGUCCCAAAUGCCCCUCUCGAUUCUGCACGAUUACCGACACGCCUACAAAAUCUCGUCGGCGAGCGCAUACUCCAAGCCGAUAUCGAAACUGCUCCUCUCGUCCGGCAUUGGCCUGCGAUCUCCAACGUCAAUUGCGGCCCGGAAAGCCGAGCUCGCUUCCUCAGCAGCCUCGUCGACAUCGACGAGCAGCUCUUCGCGCUCCAAUCUUAAUCCCAACAGCGGUAACCGUCGCGGCGGGGACGAUCAAGACGGGAAUAAUAAUGACGGCAACCACAAUUCCAGCAGCCGCGGGGAUAACAGUAAAGUCCUACACAAAAUAAUCGGCCAAGGCCGCGUGGGCAAAAAUCAGUUAGCGCUCGCCGUGCGCAAGCAUUUCAAUGCCGCUGGCCUCGUGGAGCAAGAAGCCAUCGCGCGGUUUCUGUACAAGGUGCGAGAAGAGGGGAAGGGGAGGGAAUUCAGACUACGGUUUCAGCCUUGAAAGUCCUUUUGUCAAAAGAUUAGAAAAUUCGUUAUUUGGUUUGGUUGUUUGGUUUGGUGGAUUUGAUACCCAUAUCUGGCGUUUUGUUGCGUUGUAUAUUUUUAAAAAAAUUAUAUGCGAAUGAUUUGUGAAUAUUUAGUUAGAUAUGUAUAUUGUUAUUUGUCUUGGUUAGCAGUUCUAAUACAUAUGUGGAUCGCUGGAUAUAUCAUUUACAGCUCCUCAUCUAUAAAUUGAGUUGACGCUUUAAUCUUCA